AUGGCAUCUCCGCCUCGCUCGCAAUACAUGACCACUAUAGACCGCUAUUACAUCGAUACCCGACCGCUCGUCCCGUCCCCUUCCAAUCCAAAAUCACGACAUUCGCUCCCUUUACUCUCGACCCUGCAGUUCUCCGACCAAGAAGCCGUCACUCGCUUCAUCCGCCCCGCCGACAGAUUUAUGUCCCUAGCCAGCGCACUGUUGAAAUAUUACUUCAUCCACCGCCGGGCGAAGAUUCCCUGGUCCGAAGUGCACAUCUCACGAACUCCACAUCCCCAUCGACGGCCGUUCUGGGAACCGCCGGAGGACUGGGAAGGCCAAGACGAGAGCUAUCCUGGCGGAAAGCAGAAGAUAAAAGGACUGGAAUUCAAUGUCUCCCAUCAAGCCGGCCUCGUCGCCAUCAUCGGUUGCAGUACUCCCACGCCACAGCUGCCCAAUUCACACGCUGACUCUCUCGCGCCUAACCUUCCCGAAUCGCUCGACCAUAUGGAUCUAACAGGCCACCAUACACUGAGCCUGCCGUCGGAACUGAUUAGGCUUGGCGUCGACAUUGCCUGCACGAACGAAGACAAGCGCACGCCUAAAGAUCUGACGACCCAAGCCAAGUUCGACGAAUGGGUAGACAUUUUUGCGGAGAUGUUCUCGGACCGUGAACGGCGGAAUAUGCGCGUGGCGCCGAUCCACGUCCCCGUCGUCGAGAGGGAGGAAGGUGACGGGCCCGGCAGCGAUGGCGACGACUCGCCGACAGACCACGUUAACAGCGUCCAGCGUGACCGCGAGGCGAAGAUCAUACAGCUUAAGCUCCGCCGCUUCUACGCGUACUGGGGUCUCAAGGAAGCCUAUAUCAAAAUGGUCGGCGAAGGUCUGCUGGCCAGUUGGUUACGGGAGUUGGAGUUCCUUGAUGUCGUGGCGCCGCCGGUGCCAGCCCAGCAUGCCAAUCACACGCACACGCACAAUCACAAAAACAACUCCAGUUCUGGCUUCAGUGUUGUGAGUCCCGAAACUGAAAUAGAAAAAUGGUCACCGCCGUCCAAGGCGGAGAAGAGAAUGACAACACUGCUCCGUGGCCGGAAAGUUGAGGAUGUGGACAUCGAGCUGGUCGCGUACGACGCGGAUUUCAUGGUUGCGACGGCCAUGCGGGGCGUGCGAGAAGCCGAGCCUGACUCUUCCUCGACGGUCGGAGAAAGCACAUCACGCAGGCGGUGGCUGAAACUCGACAUCGAGAAAGAUGUACGGCCGUGUGCAGAGGGAAGAUGUCGGUGUUUGGGAUGA